UCAGCCCCCACAAAAAGCCGAGGUCUAUAUAUAUCGUCCCAGCUUUACAGGCCGCCACCCGAGAAGACCUUUGCCCACGAUACAUACAAUCGAUUUAAGAUGACACUUUAUAGACCACUAGGUAGCUCCAAAGAUGCGCUCCGUGAGUUCCGGCUCUUUAAGUUGAAGCAUCGAAACCUACUCAAUGAAAUGUUCAAUGAGACACGCAUAAGUGGUACCCUCCAACACGCAGCCCCAGACAAUGCCCCAUCGUACAUCGCGCUGUCUUACGCUUGGGGUGAGGGGGAGCAUAUGGACAUCGACGUUUCUGGUCGCAAUAUGUCGGUGGGCGUCAAUCUAUACAAUGCUUUAUCUAGCAUUCGGCAGGCGUCAGGUCAUAGGGAUGUCUUCGUCUGGGUCGAUCAGAUCUGUAUUAACCAAAACGACCAAAGCGAGAGGGAGCACCAAGUACGGCAUAUGCGCGAUAUAUACGCUCAAGCGACUUCAGUAAUAGCUUGGGUAGGGCUUCCAAUUGACGGUACUCAGCUACUUUUCGCGCAUCUGGAAUCCAUAGGUCUGGCUCACUUUAGGACUAGUGGUAACCGUACAACAGCAACGCCUGACUUAGUGGCAUUCCAAGAUGUAAUUGAAUCCUUAGAGGGUCAAUCACACAUCGUCCGCCGAGCUUUUGUUCAUCUUGCUUCCUCUGUAUACUGGACCAGAGUUUGGGUCAUACAGGAGUUUGCCGUAGCUCGAGAUGUCAUCGUAGCCUGCGGAACCUACCGGUUAUCGGGAGAUAUCCUUUCUGAUUCCUUGGCUGAGAUUGGAUCAACCAAGAAUGAGCUGAAAGGUAAUGGCAGUCUGGCAGAUCAGAAAAAUAUAGACCUUAUCACUAGGAGCUAUACCCAUGCGGCUGAAAGCUUCAUGCAGGGUGUCUGUUCGCUGCGCCAACGCUAUAUGUACAUGUCGACUCCACGCAGCCUCUUUAGUGUACUUUCGACAUCAUCCCUGUUGGAAGAAGAUUACAACCAUCUGUCUUGUUCCAACCCACGAGAUCGUAUAUUUGCAUUGCUUGGGCUUGUAGCAGACUCGGAUGAGUUCCACUUCUUCCCAGAUUAUUCCUCGACCUGCGAGAAAGUUUAUACACUACUUGCCGAAAGGUUCCUGCAGCAGGGAAGAAUCAAUAUGCUCGCGUUAUGCCGUGCUCCUCGCCCUAGCAAUCUUCCGUCCUGGGUACCAGAUUGGCAGAGCCCAACCUUUUGGCCUUGGACGAAUGAUCCACCGUUCGAUGACAAUAUAUAUGGCAGCCUAUCAGGACCUCCUAUUGAAGGAUUGAAGGUCGAUAACCAGUGCGGGCACCUCACGCUGCAAUGUAUCCUGGUCGACAGAAUCAAGACAACUAAAGGCUUGUGGGCGCCCGAUUGGUUGUCUCGAGUCCAUCCUCGUCAAGGCCUGGAAUACCUCAAUGGCAUUAGAUCACUUUGUCGAGACUCGCCACGGAUCAAAGAUGAUGCUGUUGAGAAACAUUCUUCUCAGAUCGCGAUAGCAUAUCGUUGUAUCGAGCAUUCUAGAGAAAAGGUUCUAGAGGCUUAUCAGACAAUUCUGCAGACGUGGAAAGUCCAGCAUAUGCCAACGAAGCCACCUUCAGAUGAAGUAUCCUGGUACGUGCGUGUAAUGACACGACUCCGCCCAUGCCGACCAACGCUUUCUGUAAGCGGGUUUGUGGGGCUUGCACCCGAGGAUGUUCUAGAAGGGGAUCAGGUCUGCCUCAUCUCCGGUGCAAGUACACCAUACAUUGUUCGCCAAGAGAAUGAUGGACUGUAUACCCUUAUCGGUGAGACCUACGUUGAUGGCUUGAUGUACCACGAUAAUUAUGGUGGCUAUUUGCACCGUGUUGAUAAGUACGGUGGCAUUCUCAGAGAGAGUGAUAAACGUCAAACGAUCACUUUGAAGUGAACGGUAGACUUAGUUGUAUCAAAGCAACAUUUGGCUCUCGAGAUACUCUUGCAAGACGUACCUUAUGGUCCACCCCAGUUCAGAUAGUUGGCCUUAAAGGUGAUGUAUGAAGAUCGCCUAUGAACAUUAUGAGUGGUUUGAGACUGUCGCAAAUCCCGAGAGACGCGUAUGUGCU